AUGAGCGCUGACGCGGUGAAACCAACAUCGGACAACUCCUCCCAGAUGAGGCAGGUUAGAGUAUUGGAGAAUCGUUUGGACAAGACACUUGUGAAAUUCAAUGAGGCGCAGUCUAUCAAGAGGACGUAUGAGCAGAUCCUGAGAAGGCUGGAGGAAGAGCGGAUUAACUUUGAUAAUCAGUUGCAUGCAGUGGAACGCACGUUGAAAUCGAAGGAGAACGACUAUGAAGAGUUACUGUUGCUGUCGCAUGAUGCAUAUCACGCUAAGGAGAUGGCGCAGGCGGAGCUGCAUAGGUUUGAACAAGGAGUGAUGGAGGAGAGAAACCAGCGGGAUAAGGAAGUUCAUGAGAAGAAGGCGUUGGUUCAGCAGCGUGUCGAGAUGAAUCAUCGAUUGGAACAGCGAGAGCGUCUUCUGAAGCAACAGCAAGAAUUGGAAAAAUCGGGAGAGUUGGCGUUGAAGACUACUAAAGCUGUUGCCGAUGUGGCGGCGGGAAUGACCCAUAGAGUGGCUGAGGAGGAGAGGAAAAGGAUGGACGAUUACGAGGAGGCGUUUAGGAGGAUAAAGGAGGCGACUGGCGUUAGCGAUGUGAAUGAGGUCAUCCAGAAAUUCCUAAAUCAGGAGGGCACUCAAAGUAGUUUAUUGAGCCUCGCAAAUGAGUACCAAGAGAAAAUAAAUCGUCUUAUUAAUGAGUAUACUACGUUGAAGGCUAGGGUGGAUGAUAUGAAGUACUCGGCGAGUGGUACUACGGCUGGUGGAAGGGAGAUGGCGGAGGAGUUGGAGAAGCGACUGGCUGAGUCUAUAGUAGAAGCGGAGCGAAACAAGACUAAGUAUGAGCGGUUGUCGAAAAUGAUGGUAGCUGUGAACGCAGGAGUAUUUCAUCUGGCGGGGAAGUUGGAGGCAGUGGAUUUGGGAGAAGAGGCGCUCGUGGAAGCAACAGAGGGCGGCGGCGGUGCGGUAGAGAGAGUCCUAUCACAGGUGGAGUUAAAGUUGUCUAAAUUGGCGAACCUUAUCCACUGGAGCUCUGGGGCUAGUAAGAAGAUAGUAUCAGCGUCAGAAGCGGCGUAUUUUGAGGAGAGGGUGUUGGACAAAAUUGCUGAUGUCCGGUCGGGGCUGUUGAGAGUUCGAAUUGCUGAUGAAGACGAGGAGGGAGAGGAGGAAGAGGCCCUUUGUGCGGACCCUAGCAGAUACUGGAAACGUGUUGUGGUCCUGGCCGGAGCUGGUAUUUCCGUGAGUGCGGGAAUACCAGAUUUCCGCUCCCCCAACACGGGCAUAUACGCCAACGUGAAGCAGUACACGAACAGCCUGCGGGCCCCGGAGGACCUCUUCUCUAUCCACUACUUCCGACAUGAUCCCUACCCCUUCUAUAGACUGUGUCACGAAGCCCAAUUGGGUAGAGGAGCCCACGAGCCUACUGCUGCCCAUAGGUUCAUAGCGUGGCUUGCCGAGAAGGGAGCCCUACUACGAUGUUAUACUCAAAACAUCGAUAGCUUAGAAAUUGAUGCGGGCGUGCCUGAGGAGCUUGUCGUCCAGGCCCAUGGGCAUCUUCGUUCAGCACGAUGUAUCGAUUGUGGAUGUCCUUAUGGCGGUGACAUGCGCGACUUGUUGAGCUCUGAGAAGCCGGUCCACUGCGCUGCCUGUUACGGUCUGGUCAAGCCGGAUGUGGUAUUCUUCGGCGAGAACCUGCCCGAGCGAUUUUUCGAUUGUGUCCAAGAGGAUUUAUCCCAAGCAACGCUGUUAGUCGUGAUGGGCACCAGUCUACAGGUCGGACCAUGCAACCAAAUACCUAUUCUACUGCCAAGGACCACUCCUAGGCUUUUGGUGAAUCUAACCCCGCCCCCACACGGCAUGUUCCGGUUUGGUCGGGCUGACAACUACCGAGAUGUCUUCGUCGAGAAGGAUACUGAUUCUGCCAGCGAGGAGCUGAGGAAGAAGCUCGAGAAGGCUGGGGGAUUGACACCAUCCAGAUUGUGA